AUGACUGGACGCGGCAAAGGUGGCAAGGGCCUCGGAAAGGGUGGUGCCAAGCGACACCGAAAGAUUCUCAGAGAUAACAUCCAAGGCAUAACAAAGCCAGCCAUCAGACGUCUCGCCCGUAGAGGUGGUGUCAAGCGUAUUUCUGCCAUGAUCUACGAAGAGACACGAGGUGUACUCAAGACUUUCCUCGAAUCAGUCAUCAGAGACGCAGUCACAUACACAGAACACGCAAAGAGGAAGACAGUUACCUCUUUGGAUGUUGUCUACGCUUUGAAGCGACAGGGACGAACCUUGUAUGGUUUCGGUGGUUAG